AUGUCUGGAGAAGUUGGACGGCCGCUUCUCUCGCGCCGUAACGGCCGACCCGUGGCCUGUACUCCAUGUCGCGCUCGGAAGGUCGCUUGUGAUCACCAGCGGCCAAUCUGUAACCGAUGUCGCAAGCGGCGACAGAGCGAUCAGUGCCGGUAUCCUGAGAUAUCAACAUCUUCAACAACUCCGACAGAUGAUUCCCCUCAUGCAGCGACGGGCGCAAGUUCAGGGCCAGCAACAAACCCAGUCCUUCCUCCACGGCCACCCAACUUGACCUCAUCGAGUCCCAGCCCCGGAUUCUUUGGUUUCACCAGUUCCACUAGUAUUUUUGAAGAAACCGAAUCGGCUCUUGCUCUUCUACUAGGCUCAACACAUGUGGGAAGCCCCAAACCGUCUGGAACUGAGCAGAACGAGGUCACCAUAUCUUUUGGCCAACUGCCCGUGCCGCUACGGGAGACAUGUCUCGUCGUGUUGCGAUGCUUACCCGGUCAGUCAAAUGAGCAAAUGGUCUACAGUGGUACCUCAGGCGAAGCAAGAGGCUGGGCAGAUAUUGCAGUAGGGAGGAUUAUGCAGUCGUUGCAGGUCAACUUUGGUGACAUUCUGGCUCAAGGAAACGCCGGCCUUGCAGCCAUGUCAGAGAUCUUGUGCAGCAACACCAGACGCCCGAUGUACGACGAAUGUGUCAACUCCCAGGAAUGGCUGGACCAGUUUUGCGGCAAGAAUCUCAGGUGGGAGUCCAUCGGCUUGCUGUGGGCGAAUUUAGCCCGUAUUUCGAAUGUCAUGGACGCCAUGCGCAAUCCCAUCUUGCAGUUCAUCACAGAGGGCAAGGAGUCCAUGGAGACGGCAAGAACCUGCUUGGAGAAUUGUAUACAGUUGGCGCGGCAUUUCACUGAAGCAAACGAUUUGCUUCUCGACCUUUGGAAGCGGUUCGCGACCCUGUGUUCAGUUAUCGACGGCGAUGCCGAAAUGUCGUCUCAUGCACCGCACGGUGUAUCUGUCGCUAUGCUGACGUACAUGGGGCUGCAUGUACUAGAGAAUGGGCCUACCUACAUACCGACCUUAUGCUCUGAGAAUAAACGGCGGCUCGCUGCCAUGGUGUUUUCCGGGGACAAACUGGGCGUUGCGUUCACCGGCCGACCGCCUCUGAUUAGCAGGCGCUAUUAUUCGACACCGCUACCACUUGAUAUCAAGGAUGAGGACUUGGCCGCUGAUGAGGCCACCCUAUUAAAGGCAUUCUAUUCGUUGGACGAAGAGGGGUGGAAUACCGAAGGUCGCCUAUACCCAUCUACCAUGAUGAGAGCGCGGUCCAUCAUCUCGUUUAUUCGCGACGAGCUCACCGAGGUUGCGUUGGGAAAGGGCGUCUAUGUGACAAUCGAUCAGCUACUAAACAUCAAAGAAAGGGCCUGCGCUACAUCAUCCCAAUUUCCAUCAGGGUUGGUCUACAACCCCAACGAGGUUGAUGACAUGGCAUCCGAUCCGAAGCUAGUGUAUCUCAAAAUCAUCACCCACCUAGACUACCUACAGAACAUCUUCUUUGCCGAGCGCCUACUCCUCCGACACGGUCAUCUAGACGACGGAGACUUGCUAGUGACAAGCUUCGAGAUGGUCAUUCUCACAUUGAAGCUGUGGAUUCACAAAGACCGAUUCUCUGACCUGUCUAUGCUAAGAAACUACGAAUGGCUUGUCAUGGCCUACGGAGCCCCAGGAGGUGGUAUUCUCUGUCAGGAGCUAUUAUAUCCCACCUUCAGCGGAACGCAUCACAAAAAUGCCGAACUCACGCGGUCGAGCAUCGUUCAACAGCUGAGUUUGUUAAUUGGCUUCCUUGACUGGGUGCGACCUUGUGCACCGAACGGAGCGUUAUGCGCUGACGCGAAGACUGUCAUCCAACGAAUUCUGGACCAUCAUCUGAAUUCUACCUCUGGGGGAGAAGAUAUUAUUGACAGUAUGGAUUGGGGAGUAUUUCCGCAGCCGGAUUUUAAUUUCCAGCUGUUGGAUACGUUUGAGUGGAUGCGUACUGAUGGAGGUUGA